UUAGUGGUUUGACCGUGUACUUAAAUAUAAUUAAUAGCAAUGAAAUUAUUUAUUUAUUUGAGUAUAAUUUUUUAUUUAGCAGAAAAAAGUUUUUGUUGGCGCGUAGGUGAAGUAAAAUACUGGCUUCCGAACUUGGAUUGGGCAACACCAAACAAUUGGGUGAAUGAUAUUAAACCAGAUGUAAAUAGUCGAGUUGUAUUUCCUUUAGAGAUUCAUCACUCAGUUGGACUUCCGUCAAAUUCACUUUUACAGCUUACGGGCAUUGAAUUACCGCGCGAUGGAUCUAUUUUACUUUCCCGCAACGGUAAUUUAGAGUUAAGUGUCAGUGAAAAAAAAAAUAAAGAUAAUAAAAUUUCAAGAUGGAAAUUAAAAGGGCCAUUUUAUUGGGUUGAUCCUGACAAUUGGAGUGAUUCAAAUAAAGCGAUACCACAUCUUGAAAGAAUUCCUUGUUCAAUGGAUACUGUUGUAUUGCCAGAUAUAAAUCAUUCAUUAAGUAUAAGAUUUCCCGAUGUUAAUGUCAAGGUUAAGGAAAUUAAAACAUCCGAUGAUGAGACUAUUGAUGAAUGGCGUUGGCACACAUUAAUGAGUGGCAGAGAAUUUAAAAAUAGUCCCCACACUGUUGGUUAUAGCGGCUUGCAGUAUUGUGAUACAGAAUGUAUUUGUAAACCAGACAAUGCUGAAGAACUAUUGAAUGAAAUUUGCAUAAUCGAAACCCCGAGAUGUGAAAAACGUGCAUGUGAAUUUCCAUUACCGUUAGAAGAUCACUGCUGUGAUUACUGCGGGGGUCGAGUUUCAGUCUCUAGUAAAAAAAUUUCCAUAUCAAAACUUGGAGAAAUAGCACAGGAGGCGUUAAAAAAUAAUAAAGAAAUUUAUUGGCAUGCUCGACUAACUCCAAAUAGUAAAGAGGUUGAGAUUCUUCUUACUGAGAGGGGAAUUUAUUCGGGAAUAAAAAGCCAAGAAGCCAUUGAUAAGCUCGUUGGACUCUUGAUGGUUAAAGGAAUUCCAGUGGUAAAAGCAAUGGGUACUGGAGCACCAUUAACAGGUUCAGUAUUAGCAAACACACUGGGACCAAUGUUUGGAAUUCCAAUAAUUAUUUUAAUAAUUAUUUUUCUUGCACUUCCGUACUUUGGAUAUUCAUACACCCAGGUUUUAUCAGUUUGGCGAGAAGCGUAUGGGUCAGUACGUGAUGGAAUACGACCAGACGAUGGAUUUGCGCGGUUUGAAAAUUUACUUGAGGGUGAUGUACAGCUAUCUGGACCAAAUAUUUUAGACAAUGAAGAUGAACAAGACAAUAGUGCUGAUGCUGGUGCUGGUGGUAGUAGUAGUGGUGUAGGAGGAGGGGGUAAACGCUUUGAAAAUCCAUUGUAUAGGUCAACAAGAAAAUCCACUGAGCAAAAGGAUUUACAAGAUGAUACUCAAAGUAUUAUCAACAUUGAUAUUCCAGUGAGCUUAACUCAGUUAAAAAAUAAAGUUUAUUCAUCUGAAAAUUCUACCAUCGACUUGGAUUAAUUUAUAAUUUAAUAACUGAAAUAUACAGACAGAUAAACAGA